CUUGAACUUAACACUGUGAGGUGUUACAAGGCUGCACAAUAGUUCACGAUUGCAGCAAAUAGACGUUUGUAUAAGAAAAAACGACAGAUGCUUUGAUCAUUAAUUUAAUUAUUGAUUGUAGCUUUGUUAUAUGGCGAAAUUUCUAUUGGCUAACCUGUUUACUAUAUACAAACUUACUAGCAGUGUUUUGUUCUGUCUAGACACGUUCCAGACGAGGAUGAGAUUUUGUUGAAAUAACCGAUCUUUUUAUUGUUUAUGCCGCGGGGAUUUCGCGGUUUUCUUCCUACUUUUUUUCGUGUCGUAGUUGUAGACGACGAUUAGUUUUAUAAGUUGAGCGAAUGAGAUAUGUUAGUUCACUGAAUCUGUUAAUUGUUGUCGCUUGAACUGUCAACACCAGAAAAAUGCCAAAUGUAACUUUUGUGACUGUACUCAUCGGGGUCACCGUAGCUACGGUUCUCUAUUUUAUAUUUGGAACUAAUAAGCAGAGAACUCAGCAACAAUAUUAUCAGUACCCAGCAGAACGCUACUCAGAUGAUAAUAGACCAGACAACACGUCUAAAGAAUGUUCAAUAUGUUUAGUUCCAUUGAAACGUAAAGAUUUGUAUAUCUUACCUUGUGAACAUGAGUUUCACAAAGUGUGCAUCGAAGAGUGGAAAAAUCAAUCUCCUGGGCAUCGAGCGUUGUGUCCACUGUGCAGAUCACCAUUUACAUAACUUGUAAUGUACUUUCAAAUGAAUAUACAAAUUUAAUUUAAAACCAUGCUAUUUGAAACUUAAGCAAUCAAUAAAAAAACGAAAUAUUUUUAAUUUAGCUUUCGAUUUUAAAACUUGCGCAUAUGAGCAUUCUGUUAAAUGCAUCUUCCCUUUUGUGAGUAAUAUAGAACAGUGUUUAUAAAAUCAUGUCAUAAAUAAAAAUGUAAGAAGAUUUUUACAGAAAGUUUAUAAUAUUUCUCACAAAAUGCAAAAUUUAUGACUUUGUGAAAAGAUAUAUUAUUAGUUUUCAUUAUAUGAGAAAUUAUAAAUGAUCAAACUUUGAAGCUUUUUUUAUAUGUAGUAAUUAAUAUUUUAAAUGGUGAUAUACUGUUUAAAUUUGAUAUGACAUCAGUAUAUAAAAUUUUUAAUAAUUUAAUAGUAGUUACAUUUGAUACUUUUAAUUACAAGUGUGCAAAUAUCGGAAAGAGUACAAAUUUAGAUUGGGUCUAGAAUUCUUGGUAUUGGGUUGAAAUUCUGAAAGCUUGUAUAAAUAUAAUUUUACACACACACAAUUAUAUAUAAUUAUAUAAAUAUGUUUGAAUAUAUAUGAAUACUCAUAUAUUACAAUUUGAGAAUAUAUGAAUACUCAUAUUACAAUUUUCAGAAUUUUAAUCCAAUUUUACUUAAUCUGGUCGAAUAUUAGACUUGAACUAAGACUCAGGCACCAUUUUUAAUAUUAUAUGUGCAGCUACUCUAUUUUGUAAUUUAUCACUCUCUAUACUACUGCAAACAAUAUUAUACACUCUUUAAUUAAUUAAAAUUGUUAUGUUCAACGUUGCAAUUGAAAGCAAUUAGUGAAAUGAGUUUCAGUUCCUAUAUUUAUUUUUUGUCAUAAAUUAUAAGUUUGAAAAAUAAUGAUGGAUUCUUUUAUCAUAUUGUGAAUUUUUUUAAUAAUACAUAAUAUAAAAUUAUUGUUUUACUCUUAUAAAUUUGAUAUCAGAAUGUAUUAUUUCUCAUUCAACUAAAACAAUAAACAUUUUGAAAUAAAAAGCUUUUAAAUCAUGAUUAUAUUUAAUGAAUCAAUAAUUUUCAUGUUGUUUAAUCAACUUAAUAUAUAGAUGAAAUUGUGUAACAAAUUUUGUAGAAUGCGAUAUUGUUGUUAAGUUAUAUAUAACGAAUAAUUGUUUAUAAAGCAUGUUGCGAAAAAUAUGAAGUGUAAAAUACCAUUUCUGUGUGUGAGAAAUGAAUAAAGUAAAUCUAAUUUUUAAAUAAAUAUUAUGAAACAUUGAUUCUCA